AUGAUUCCGCAUCACUGAGGUCGAACGGAAAUCACGUUGCCGCUUCCAGCAGAACGGAACGGCAACGUCGCAAAAACGCUUGGGAGGGAAAGACAUUCAGUUGGCGGGUGGGUAAACGCGCAGUGCGCAACAUGGCGAAUUUCGACACAAUAAAAUUAAUAGAAGAAGUGAAACGUAGAAAUGUGUUGUGGUUGAGUAAGGAUCGUAGAUUGCAUGGAGAAACUGAUACUAGGAUCAAAGCAUGGGAGGAGAUAGCAGCGAUAUUAUACCAUAAUUGGAACACUUGCUCUGAAGUACAACGAGUGCAGAGACUGGAACUUUUAAAGAAAAAAUGGCGUAAUGUAAGAGAUUAUUACAAAAAAGAAAAGAAGAGAUUAGAAUAUCAAAGUACAACAUCAGGAAAAGGUAGAGAAAGAGAAAAGAGACUGAACAACUACUUCGACCAAAUGACCUUCUUAGAUGAUGGCCUAGAGAGACAUGACAGUAAUAACCCAGAAGAAUUAUUUGAUGACAGGUAUGAGGAUUCUAAUAAUUCCACAGAGGAUACUCUUCCCAUAAGACCUGUAAAGCAAGAAGAAAAAGACCCAAUACCAACGACCAAUGAAAUGCCGUCAUUUGUAACGGAAAUUCUGACAACUCCGAACUGUCAAGACGAUUCAAAAUUGACAGCGAACAGGAACUUUUUGCUCUCCUUACUACCGGAUAUGACGUCAUUAGAUGAGAGGAACAACAUGAUAUUUCGAAUGGGAGCAUUGCGUCUGAUGAGCGAUAUAAAAUUCGGGUCGGAUUGACCGCCUAUUAUACGGUUCACAAAACCCUAUUUCUCGUUACUGGGGAUCUGAAAUAGCCGACUAAUUAGAAAUUGUAACCGGCGGGGAACUACAUUUGCCUAAUUCUAAUGAACCUCGUACCUGCGAGCACCCAGUGGUAAAUGCCGGAUUCGUCCUAAUUUUACUUCAAUCUUUUGUGUUUCGGAACUUUCCGAAUAGAUAUAAGAAUUGUUAUUUGUAUUUUUGUGAGUAUUAUACGUAAUUCACUAAAAAUAUGUGAUUUCAUUAUAGG